GCCAGUCCCUUGGCCUACUGGUGCCACGGCGAUAGUGCCAGUGUCAGCCGCGACAUCGGCCGUUGCGCAUCCUACGCCCCUCCGCUCCCUCGCCAGCCAUGUGGAAGGUCCUCCUCGUCGCACUCCCUCUGGUCCUUGGCUCCUGCCGGGCAUCUGGGCCGCUGGAACAGGUGGUUGAGCAGAGUACACAUACAGGUGAUCAGGAAACAAUGAACACAGAAGAGCAGCGUUUUAAAUACUUGUUAUACCAGAUCAGUGACACCAUGAAGAAGCUGCUGAGUGAACAAAAGAAGUACAUUGAUAAUCGUUUCAACACUUUAACGCUGUCAAUGGAAACGAUCUGCGGCGCCCAAGCGAUUAGUCAGGUGAGCGGCCGAACAGAUGUUGCAGAAACAGGAAUUGAUAUAGAAAAUAUGGCCGCUGAGAUUGUGCGAAUUUUAACAGCAGUACUUCAGAGCCAGCUGUCCUCUCUGGCGACCUCCGAGGAUUUGAGUGACUUGCAGAGUAACCUGUCCUCCUUCGCCUCCACCUUGACAGGGGAGGUCAAGCAGGAGAUUUCCAGUCUGGCUUCCGAGAUGGACACGAGCACUAAAGGUCUUGCCACUGAAAGUCAACUGCAGGAAAUUAAGGAGCAGCUCGAAAGUGUUACAUCUUGUAACCACAGAGAAGACUUCGACAAAGUGUUAGCAUUGCUGACAACAACCGAGGAAGACAUUGACGAUCUGGCAGAAUCUCUGAACACGUCCCUGGCAGAGCAAAAAGCCGCGUGUCUGGGCGGGGAUGAACACCAGGAGCGCACGGCCAGCCUGGUACAGCUGCUGGAGAGCUUGCAGGUCACGGUGAACAGCAACGCCAACAGCAUCCGCGACGUCGCCUCCGUCGUGGGAGGGCUAGAGGGCAAGGUCGUGCAGCGUCUAGAGACCCUCGAGGAGCUGGCCGAGAAAAUCAACAACAACACGCUGCUUCCUCCGCCUCCUCCGCCCCCCACCACCACCACCACAACCCCGCGACCCACCACCACAACAACAGCGGCGCGGCAGAUCAGCCCUUGCCUCGACAGCACCUUCGUGGGCGGAGGCGCGACCCUGGACGUGUGUAACGCCGCAGUCCACUACAGGAAGUGUCAGCUGGACUUCGUGGCAUAUCACUGCUGCCGCUCCUGCACUGAAGCCGGGAUGGUUCCCGAAAUUGGUCCGCAUCGCUACCUCAGCUUCGACAGAAGAGUCUCCAUCCUCAAGGCUCUGCAGAUCAUGAGGCCGUAAAUGGUGUUCAGUUUUUUUUUUUUUUUUCUUUCUUUUUUGUCCUCUUUGAAUUUUUGUUAUAGUCUGCCAUUGCUUAAUGUAAUAAUGGACUCUUAUUAGUUUAUGUUAUGCCUGUGAAGUAAUGUAUAAUAGCAACAUUUGCGCCCCUAAACAAAUUGUAAAUAAUACAAAAAAACGAAGGGAAAAAAGAGAAAGAAAAUACAAAAUAUCCUGAAUGCCUUUUCGGUGCAUUGCUUCUUCGGGGCACGAAGAGGCAAUGCAGCGUAAAGGUCUCCAGCAUAUUCGUGUUUCUUAUGUAAAGAUACGAAUUUUCAAGACAGACAGACAGACAGUUCUAACGCAACCUGCAUGGAGUAAUUCCCCAAAUGGAGGGGAAAUAAUUGACGUUUCGAUAUUACAUCUUUAUUUCACUCAUGUUAUUCUCAAGAAUAUAUCGCAGGUCCAAUUAUACAUCAUACAAAGUGGAAUUGACCAUUUUCAUCCAUACUUAUUCAACACUUUUGAUAAGACAAUCGUAAUAGCGAAGUUUGUGCGAUGUACUUCGAUGGACCAUUCCGUUUUCUUUUUGAGAUGUCUCGUUUUCUCUUUUGUCUUUUGUAAAUAAAUUUGAUAUUCAGUGAA